UUAAAAUUAAUGAUGGCAGCUAGCUCCCUUUGAUUCUGCCAAAUCUGUUUAUCAAUCAUUUCAUAUUCCAAAAAAUCCUGCAACGUCUCGACUGUGAAUAUAUUGAGUUUCAUGGAUUUAUAAUCAUAAAUUGAGAGGGUUUAUGAUUAAAAUCUGAGAGAGUAUUAUAGCUUAAUAGUGUCUCUGUUCUUCACUCACUAUGUCUCAAACGAUUCAUCAAAUCUCACCUGCUCCUCCUCCUAUCACCGCCAAUCAUUCAUCGAACCGAAUAACCCCAACCGUUCUGUUCAUCAUCGUUCUCGUCUCCGUCGUCUUCUUCCUCUGCAGUAUUCUACAUUUAGCGUUCAGACACUACUUAAAGAAGAAAAGGUCGAGCCUUUCUUCCUCAACGUCAGAUUCCGACAACCAAAACCCAGAACUUUCAGAUUCCGACACUUACCGGAGACAGCUCCGACAGCUGUUCCAUCUCCACGAUUCAGGUCUAGACCAAGCUCUGAUCGACGCCCUUCCCGUUUUCCUCUACAAAGACAUCAAAGGCUCCAAAGAGCCGUUCGAUUGCGCCGUCUGUCUCUGCGAAUUCUCCGAGGACGAUAAGCUCAGGUUGCUUCCGGUUUGCAGCCACGCCUUCCACAUCGACUGUAUCGACACGUGGCUCCUCUCGAACUCCACGUGUCCGCUUUGUAGAGGGACUCUUUACCCUCCAGGGCACCAGGAUUUCAGUUUCGAGUUUUUCGCCGCCGGAGACGGUGGAGAGAGGGUUUCUCCGGGGGAGAAGCCGGCGGAGAAUGAUAUCAUGAGUGGGAAGAGAGUGUUCUCGGUGAGGCUUGGGAAGUUUAGGAGCAGUAAUAUCAAUGUUGGUGAAGGAGAGACAAGUGGGUGUGUGAGUGUGAACAGUAGUCUUGAUAACAGAAGAUGUUUCUCAAUGGGGUCUUAUCAGUACAUAGUGGCUGAAUCUGAUCUUGUGGUGGCUUUGUGUCCUAAUAGUGAGAGUCUGAAGAGUAAUGGUGAAGGGAAGAAGAUUAACAUGAGAAGUAAAGGUGAGAGCUUUUCUGUGUCAAAGAUUUGGCAGUGGUCUAAUAAAAGAUCAAAGUUUGCAAAUCAAGCAGAAACCAGUUUGGUGGGUGCUUCCUCUUAUGAUUGUUCUGGAUCUGGUAGUAGAGUUGUUGCUGGUUUGUCAUUGAAUGGAAGGAGAUUUCAAGGGCCAUGAGAUUAGAAAUGUAGCUGCAGAUUAAAGGGUAGUUAAUUUUCUGCCAUUGGAUUUAUUGAUUUUGAGUUUUUUUUUUUAAUUCAUUUUGUUAACACUAUACUGUAGUGGUGGGUCUUUUGUGUCUCUCUGUAGCUGAAUCUGUUUGUGUUUUCUUGAGGGCAAUAAAGCUUGUUCUUUGAUUAAUGUUAU